UGGGGCAGCCGGGCUGCGAGGAGGCCGCAGUGCAGGGGGCGAGUGGAACCGGCGGCAGCGGCGCUGGGUCGGGAGGCGCAGAGGCGAGGCGGACGAACCGGCGGGGUCACCAGCCAGGGGUCUCCGCACUGGAAUUUGAUAUUCAUUUAUCCAGGGUUUACCCUCCUCCUUUUUUUCUUCAGCAAUUUUUAAAAUCCACAUUCUUUCUCGUUUUAAUUUAUUUUUUACUUUCCACUCCCCGCUUAAAUCGGGCCGACUGUUUGGGGAGAUUGCUCCUUUACUUCCCCAAAUCACUUCGGAUUUUGGAAACCAGCAGAGAGAAGAAAGAGGUAGCAAGAGCUCCAGAGAGAAGUCGAGGAAGAGAGAGAGAGACGGGGUCAGAGAGCGCGCGCGGGCGAGCGAGCAACGACAGGGACAGGGGCAAAGUGAGUGACCUGCUUUUGGGGGUGACCGCCAGAGCGCGGCGCGAGCCCUCCCCCUCGGGAUCCCGCAUCGGACCAGCAGCGCUGACGGACAGACAGACAGACACCGCCCCCCGCCCCAGCUCCCACCUCCUCCCCGGCCGGCGGCCGAGGGUGGACGCGGCGGCGAGCCGCGGGCAAGAGCCGGAGCCCGCGCCUGGAGGCGGGGUGGAGGGGGUCGGGGCUCGCGGCGUUGCAGUGAAACUUUUCGUCCAACUUCUGGGUUGUUCCCGCUCCGGAGGAGCCGUGGUCCGCGCCGGGGCAGCCGAGCCGAGCGGAACCGGGAGAAGUGCUAGCUCGGGCCGGGAGGAGCCGCAGUCGGAGGAGGGGGAGGAGGAAGAAGAGAAGGAAGAGGAGAGGGGGCCGCGGUGGCGACUCGGCGCUCGGAAGCCGGGCUCAUGGACGGGUGAGGCGGCUGUGUGCGCAGACAGUGCUCCAGCCGCGCGCGCGCCCCAGGCCCUGGCCCGGGCCUCCGCUCGGGGAGGAAGAGGAGACCGCCUAGGCGCCGAAGAGAGCGGGCCGCCCCGCAGCCCGAGCCGGAGAGGGAGCGCGAGCCGCGCCGGCUCCGGCCGGGCCUCCGAAACCAUGAACUUUCUGCUCUCUUGGGUGCAUUGGAGCCUUGCCUUGCUGCUCUACCUCCACCAUGCCAAGUGGUCCCAGGCUGCACCCAUGGCAGAAGGAGAGCACAAACCCCACGAAGUGGUGAAGUUCAUGGACGUGUACCAGCGCAGCUACUGCCGUCCCAUUGAGACCCUGGUGGACAUCUUCCAGGAGUAUCCUGACGAGAUCGAGUACAUCUUCAAGCCAUCCUGCGUGCCCCUGAUGCGGUGUGGGGGCUGUUGUAAUGACGAGGGCCUGGAGUGCGUGCCCACCGAGGAGUUCAACAUCACCAUGCAGAUUAUGCGGAUCAAACCUCAUCAAGGCCAGCACAUAGGGGAGAUGAGCUUCCUACAGCACAGCAAAUGUGAAUGCAGACCAAAGAAAGAUAGAGCAAGGCAAGAAAAGUAAGUGGCCAUGACUUUAGCUCCUCUCCCUCUCCUUGGCCGGUUAUCUUGGUUUGGGGCUCUUGGCUUCCUCUGUCAGGGGGGUCUCAUAUCUUCACUGAGUCAGGGAGUUGGCCUCACGAAGACUUGUGGUGGCAGUAGGGGUUGGAGCAAACCCGAGGAUUCUGGCUCUAGGAUUAGGGGCAAAACCCCAGCCUGGAGCCUGGAGCUUCCUGUGGAAGGAGACCACGCAUUCCAGGUCUCCAGGUCAUUCCUGGCCGGGACUUACAAGUUUUGGUGUGCGGGGGGGUGCGUGUGGACAGCGGCUCCCCGGCUUGCUCUAAUCUCCUGUCCCCCCACAGCAGGGAGAGGGAGGGGGUGGCAGAGAGGCCAGCUUUUGUGUGUCAGAGGAAACGGUCUCUCGCCGUGGUUGCUGUGGUGGUGCGAUUGGACUUGGGGGCUGCCUGAGAGGUUUUCUUGGUGAUGCCCUCCUGUAGGAGUGAGGCGGGACUGAGCCACUCAGCCCUCCCUGGCCAGGGAGAAAUGAGUUGACUGUUGGUCAUUUUCUGAGGCUUCUAGUUGCUCCGUGUGGAGGGUUGAGUCAGGAUGGAGCAGGGGGCAUAGUCUGGGGGCAGUGAGCCUUCAAGACCCGGUGAGCGAAGGGGACAAGCCUGCAGGGAAAGAGAAUGAGAGAGAGCACCUGUGUCCUUCCCUCCCCUCCCCUCCCUCACCAUCCCAUCUGCCCCCAAAGCUCUGGGGACCCAGAAGCUCCGAGGCCUCAACCCCUUGCCUCUUCCCUAAGUCCCCAACUUCCAGGACUGCUGUGGCUCUCAGAGCAGUGAUUUGGGAGAGUAGUCUCAGAGAGAGAGAGAGAGAGAGAGAGAGAGUGUGUAUUUGUGUGUGUAGACCUUCCUCCUUCCCAGUGCUUUCUCCUAGGGGAGCAGUGUUGCCCCUCUCCUCAGUCCCUUCCCCCUCUCCCCAGUCCCGUCCCCUCAUUUCUUCCCCUGUGGCAGACAUUCUGGGCAUCCUCUGGCCUGGCAGGUGUGGAGAGUGCUGGGUCCCUUGAGGGGAACAGGCUUCAGCCUGCCCCCCCUUGCCCGUUUCCCAAAUGUCUGCAUUGCCCCCAGGGAGAGCGGGGGGCUCGCCUGGGCUCGGAAGAGAGUCAGCUGAGAUGGUGUGGCAGGCUUUGACAGGCUGGGGAGGGAACCUCCUGCCAAGUAACGCCCAGGCCCCUCCUCCCAUGCCUCCCUAACUCCCACCCCACCCUACUGCCUGCCUGGGGCUCUGAGGACACCGAUCCCCGCCUCUCGGCCCAGGUUAUGGCUGGGCAGGCUGGCGCCUUUCAUGUGCCGCCCCUGGGUCUGUGCCAGCUCCCAGCGUAGCUGCUCUCCCACACCGGGAUCUGCAGAGGCAGGGCCCCUGAGGGACCCCUUUGCUGUUGCACUUGGAAAUGAAGGCAGAAGGUGCCCAAAGCACAGCCUGGGCCCCGACCCCCACCCCCAUCAAGUCAGGUCUCUCCAAACUCUGGCCUACCUUUUAUAGCACCCCCUCCCCCGACCUUCAGGGUCAGACUUGUCCAGGGUUGCUGCCCACAGGGCUUUGCCCCUGCCUGGGACCAGGAGCU